AUGGAUUCAGCUGAGGUGGAGUUCCUGGCCGAAAAGGAGCUGGUCACCAUCAUUCCCAAUUUCAGUCUGGACAAGAUCUACCUCAUUGGGGGGGAUCUGGGACCCUUUAAUCCUGGCUUACCUGUGGAAGUCCCUCUUUGGCUGGCAAUCAACCUAAAACAGAGACAGAAGUGUCGAGUGAUCCCUCCCGAAUGGAUGGAUGUUGAAAAAUUGGAGGAAAUACGAGAUCAAGAGAGAAAGGAAGAAACAUUUACCCCAAUGCCUAGCCCUUACUAUAUGGAACUUACCAAACUGUUAUUAAAUCAUGCUGCGGACAACAUUCCAAAAGCAGAUGAGAUCCGGACCCUGAUUAAGGAUACGUGGGAUACUCGAAUAGCUAAACUCCGGGUGUCUGCUGACAGUUUUGUCAAACAGCAAGAAGCACAUGCCAAGCUGGACAACCUGACCUUGAUGGAGAUCAACACGACCGGAGCAUUCCUUACCCAGGCCCUGAAUCACAUGUACAAACUCCGCACCAACCUCCAUCCUGGAGAGAGCGCUCCGUCUCAGGACUUUUAG